AGAGGGCGCUGGUUAGCCAGAGGGGAAGAAGAGCGUUUGCCUUGGACUCAGUACCGCCUUCGUACUGGGUGGCCGGGGUGACCACUGCACAGAGGGCGGCAGCAGCCAUGGCGACCAGACCGGGGCCUUUGACUGAGUGGCCAUGGCAGAGGCUCGGCAACUUCAAGUACCUGGUGAUGGCGCCCGUGGUGGUCCAUGGCGCGCACCGGGUGAUGACCAAGGGUUGGGGCGACAUCGACCUCGCCUACGCGCUCAUCCUGCCGUCGCUGCUGCUCCGGAUGAUCCACAACCAGAUCUGGAUCAGCCUCUCCCGCUACCAGACCGCCCGCAGCAAGCACCGCAUCGUCGACCGCGGCAUCGAGUUCGACCAGGUCGACCGCGAGCGUGGAUGGGACGACCAGAUCAUCUUCAACGGGCUGCUGUUCUACGCGGGGUACCUGGCGAUGCCGAGCGUGAGGGGGUUCCCGCUGUGGAGGACGGACGGCGCCGUCAUGACGGCGCUGCUCCACGCCGGGCCAGUCGAGUUCCUCUACUACUGGUUCCACCGCGCGCUGCACCACCAUUUCCUCUACUCGCGCUACCACUCCCACCACCACGCCUCCAUCGUCACCGAGCCCAUCACCUCGGUUAUCCAUCCUUUUGGUGAACACGUGGUCUAUUUCACGCUCUUUGCAAUCCCGAUGUUGUCCACAAUUUACAUGGGAAAUGGUUCUGCCCUCGUCUUUGUGUUGUAUAUUGUUUACAUUGACUUCAUGAACAACAUGGGACAUUGCAAUUUUGAGUUGGUGCCGAAGUGGGCUUUUCAAGUCUUUCCUCCUCUCAAGUACCUCAUGUACACUCCAUCGUUUCAUUCCCUACACCACACACAGUUCCGCACAAACUAUUCACUGUUCAUGCCAUUUUAUGACUACAUAUACAGCACUAUGGACAAGUCAUCGGACGAGCUGUAUGAGAACUCACUCAAAGGAACAGAGGAGACACCUGACCUUGUUCAUCUCACACAUAUGACGAACUUGCAAUCGGCAUAUCAUCUAAGGAUAGGAUUCGCCUCCAUAGCGUCCAAACCAUCUGAAAACUCUGAGUGGUAUAUGUGGACGCUGUGGCCCUUGGCAUGGCUGUCAAUGGUAGUUGCAUGGAUGUAUGGGUCAUCUGCAUUCGUGGUUGAGAGAAUCAAACUAAAGAAGCUGAAGAUGCAAACAUGGGUGAUACCAAGAUACAACUUCCAGUAUGCCCUGACGUGGGAAAGAGAAUCGAUCAAUGACUUAAUUGAAAAGGCGAUACUAGAUGCUGAUGUAAGGGGGGUUAAAGUGCUGAGCCUUGGACUAUUAAAUCAGACAAAAGAGCUCAAUGGAGCAGGAGAAUUAUUUAGACAAAAAUAUCCAAAAUUAGGGGUUCAACUUGUCGAUGGAAGUGGCUUGGCAACUGCAGUGGUGCUAAAAAGUAUCCCUUUAGAUGCAAAGCAAGUCUUCCUCCAGACAGGGACUUCCAAGAUAGCCCGUGCUAUUGCUAUAACAUUAUGUGGUAGGGGUAUCCAGGUGAUCAUGAAUCGAAAGAAAGAGUAUGAUAUCCUCAAGCCACAGAUUCCAGAGAACAGAGCAAGCUAUUUGAAAUGUUCCAGCGAUGACAUGCCCAAGAUUUGGCUAGUAGAUUGCAUCGAUGCUAAAGAACAACUGGUGGCACCAAAAGGAACAGUAUUCAUUCCCAUAUCACAGUUCCCCACUAAGAAAGUUCGCAAGGACUGCACUUACCUGAGUACUCCAGCAAUGAAGAUCCCAGAGGCGAUGCAGAACAUACACUCCUGCGAGAAUUGGCUGCCGAGAAGGGUGAUGAGCGCGUGGCAUAUUGCCGGAAUACUUCACGUCCUGGAAGGGUGGAGCAUGCAUGAGUGUGGAGAUAGCAUGAUGGACAUCGAGAAGACAUGGUCGGCUGCUACAAGACACGGAUUCGUCCCUCUGACGAAAGCUUGAUGACGGCCGGGGAGAUGAUGAUGCUAAGAUGGCACUGGAAAUUGGUGCAAAACUGCAAUUGAACCGAAGUAGUACAGUAGUACUAUCUUUGCUUGGUAGGAAUUCCAUAGCCCAUAGGCUAUGAUCUAUCAGCCAUCUACGGCUGGGUUUGGCUCUUACGAAGGCGCAAUGUGAACGUCGACCUUAAUUACAUUAUAUUACUAUACCUUUGGUGUCUUGA